AUGUCUUCAAAUGUCAGAAAUUUUAACGGUAAAGUUGUAUUGAUCACCGGUUCCAGUGAUGGUAUAGGAGCGGUAACUGCUGUUGAAUUUUUCCGUAGCGGUGCUUAUGUAGUCAUCACCGGUAGAAAUCUCGAUAAGUUGUCUGAAGUGGAAAAAGUAUGCGAAAAAGUAUCACCUAAUGGAUUAAAACCACUGGUAGUGGUGGCAGAUGUUAGUCAAGUAGAAGACUGUGAACGACUUGUUGACAAAACUAUUGGUAAAUAUGGAAAGUUAGAUAUUUUGGUCAACAACGCCGGUAUCGGAACUCGAGGACCGAUCGAUGAUCCGGACAUUCUAGAAAAGUACGAAAAAAUAAUGGACACAAAUGUACGGUCAGUCGUCUAUUUAUGUCACUUAUGUGUUAAACAUUUGGAAAAUACUAAAGGAAAUAUUGUUAACAUAUCAAGUGUUACUGGACUUCGACCGUUUAGAGAAUCAUUUUUGUAUUGUAUGUCCAAAUCAGCCAUCGAUUUAUUUACAAAAUGUCUUGCAGUCGAUUUGGGACCCAAAGGCAUACGAGUCAAUGUAGUCAAUCCCGGUCCCGUUCGUACAAACUUUAUGGUCGCCCGGGGAAUAUCGCGUGAAAAGGCCGAUGAAAUCUAUCAACAAAUUGGACCCAAUUAUCCAUUGGGAAGAGUAGGCGAACCCAUUGAUAUCGCAAAUGCUAUACUAUUCCUGGCAUCGAAUGAAUCGUCAUUUGUUACGGGAAUUAACUUUGUCUCCGAUGGCGGCGCUAUAUUUUCUGCCCAUUAA